AUGAGUGUGUUUCUCUUCCAGGUGUGCAAGGUUCAGAGAUCACAGAGAGCCUUUGCUCUCCCAUCGUCAUGGCUGCCACAGCACUUCAUCCUGGCCAGACAAAAACAGGAUGCUCUCCGAGAAGAAGCCCUGGAGUUCACCAAGUACCAGAAAACCUGCGACAUGGAGACUUCAUGGCUGAAGAACAGCGAGCGCCACAUCCAAGAAGGAAGAGUAAGGAGACAAGUCAGAGAUGCUGUGAAGUCGUAUGAGACCAGCAUUGAUGAGAAGAGGGACAGACUGCGUGUGAUGCUGGAGACAGAGGAUCAGCAGUUCCUAAAGCUGCUGGAAGUCACACAGGAGACAUAUGUGGAAAAACAAGCUAAAAUACGAGAACGAGCCAAAACCUUACGGGAAAAAAUGGAGCGUGAAAGACAGCAAGUGGUUUCAGAGAAGCUGGAACAGCUGUUCAGGGAGCAGUGUGAGGAGCUUCGACACAUCCAGACCAAACGCACGGAGGAAGAUCUCUGCCUGCAGCGAGCAGCACAAAUGCAAACCAGACGGGAGCUGCAGCAGCAGCAGCAGAAGGAGGCGCAGCUUUUCGCCAAGCUGUGGGAUGCAGACCAGCAUGCUAAAGAGGAGCGAAACCAGCGCCAAGUCCAGGAGCAGCGGCAGAGGAACCUGGAACAGCUGGACUUCCUCAGAGCCCAGAUGGAGGACAGCCAGAAGCGGCACGAGCAGGAGAGACACCUGAAAGAGGAGGAGGCGCUGCACCUGGCAAAGGAGAGAGAGGUGCAGCAGCUGAUGGAUGAGCGAGUGCAGCACGAGCGACUCCACGCUCAGCGGAUGAGACGCAGACAGCUGGAUCUGUGCUCACGGCUGAAUAACAAGCAAGUGGACAGUGAGCGGCGAAAAGAGCUGGAUCUGGAACGGAGCAUCCUGCAGCAGCUUCAGGAAGGACAAGCUGAUGAGCAGCAGGAAGCUGCUGAGAGGAAGAUUGCGUUGCAUGAAGAGCAGCGGCGGUAUCAGCAGUACUUGGUGGAGGAGCUGGCGAAGCAGAAGAGGCAGGAGGAGAAGGUGGAGCAGCUUUUUGAGGAAAACCUCCGAGAGCUUUGGGCUGAAAGGGAGAAAGAGCAUCAGCUGCAGCAGGAGGCCAGGAAGCUCCUGAUGAAAGAUGUGAUGGAAACACGCUCCCUGCAGAUUCAACACAAAUUGGAUCUAAAGAAGCAGAAACAGGAUCAGCUUGUCCAGGAGAGGGAGGAGCUGCACAGAACCAUAACAGAGCUCAAACUCUCCGACAAGGAGGAGAAGACACGUCACAUAGAGAUGUGUAAACAGUACCAGGAAGACCUGUUGGCCCAGAUGACAGCUCGGCAGCAGCUGCAGGCUCGGGACAAAGCACAGGCACAGAGGGAGUACCAGCGAGGUCUGCUUGUGGAACAACAGUAUAAGCAAAGGAAACAUGAAGUCCUGAGUGGAUCAGGUCCUCACACCUUCAGAAGAAGCCAGCGCUCCAGGUCUGCUCACACAUUCCACGUCUGACAGCACAAUCCGGGUCAGAGAGGACUCCAGGAAACACACCCAGGACUUAAAACGAGUUCAUGCUCAGUCAGGUUUUUUGCAGCAGUGAUUAUUAGUGGCCUCUGCUGGAUGACGGGGGGAAGAGCACCAGUUACUCUGCAUUGAAUUUGUUUAUGUCAGUUACUGCUGCAUAAAUGUUGUUUAUGUUUUGCUGCAAACAAAAAUAAAAACAAGUCAAAUAGAGUCUGUGUCUCUUCACCUGCUGACCAACAGACACAUUUCACUUUGAUUUAACUCUGUUUUCUCUUGUUGUGUCUGUUGCUCUACAGCACUCA